AGCACGGGAGUGACUGGUUUGAUUGUUGGCGGUUGUAUAGGUAGCUGGUAAGGUUUUAUGGUGGUCCUGUCAGGGAGCGAGCAAGUAUAAUAGCUAGUAAGGGCUUGUUGCUGUACUCUCUUAUUUUCAACGUCUGUAGUAAAUUAGGCUACUUUUAGGUAUGACGACCACACGGUGCUUCCAAGGUCUGGUUGAAGAACCGAAGACAGGCUCAAGAGUACUACAACCUCCUGGUGGUGGAUCCAGCUUUUCGUUUGGAAUGGGAGAAGAUAGUAAGCCCCAGCCAUCACGCCAGAAAAGAACAGACUCUGACAUAUUUGGGCCUCCUGUGGACAGCCAUCCAGCUGCUCGAAGGAGCAAUCCUCCAGGAGGCAGGUCCACAAUUUUCAGUGAAUCAGAAUCUCUCACUUCACCAAAAAGGAAUUUUCCUGGAGGAAAAAAUUGUGGAGAACUUAAAGAUGGGGUGCCUGAGAAGUGGAAAGGUUCCCGUUUCAGUUAG